CUCUUGAGCUCAAGAUGAUAAGGAGUAAAGAGGAUGAGAAAUGGCAUGGGAGAAUCAGUUAUCAAAACCACGAGGAAGACUUUGAUGACCCAGCAGAAGUGGAGAAAAAGAUCCGUGAAGCCCAAGACGAUAUGGCUGGAGCAGGUGUUGGUAUCAGUGAAGAACUCAUCAGUCUGCAGAUCACCUCUGCCAAUGUUCCUGACCUCACUCUCAUUGACCUCCCUGGUAUUGCACGAGUGGCCGUCAAGGGUCAAACUGAGAACAUUGGAGACCACAUUAAGAGACUGAUCAGGAUGUUUAUUACCAAGCAGGAAACAAUCAAUCUGGUCGUGGUGCCAUGCAAUGUUGACAUCGCCACCACAGAAGCAUUGCAGAUGGCUCAAGCAGAGGAUCCUGAUGGCGAAAGGACUUUAGGGAUCUUAACAAAGCCAGACCUGGUGGACAAGGGCACUGAAGGGACAGUUGUAGACAUUGUGCACAAUGAGGUCAUUCACCUCACUAAAGGCUACAUGAUUGUAAGGUGCAGGGGGCAAAAAGAGAUAAUGGAUCAGGUCACUCUUAAUGAGGCCACAGAAACAGAGAAUGCCUUCUUCAAAGACCAUCCUCAUUUCAGGUCCCUACCUCGUUUAGAAGAGCAAAUCCAGACAAAGCUUGCUGAAACACAGAAGGAACUGGAAGCGUAUGGCGAUGGACCCCCAUCAGACCCUGCAGAAAGACUCAGCUUUUUUAUUGAUAAAGUUACAGCUUUUACGCGUGACACUCUCAACCUGACGACUGGAGAGGAGGUUAAAUGCGCAUCAGAACUGCUGAUUUUUCCAGAACUUCGACAGGAAUUUGCCAAUUGGAAUAGCUUCUUAGUCGGUUCAGGAUAUUCCUUCAAACUGAAGAUUGAAGAAGAAGUUGAUAACUAUGAAGUCAAGUACCGGGGAAGAGAGCUCCCUGGAUUCAUCAAUUACAAGACAUUUGAGGGGCUUGUCAGGGAACAGAUGAAGUUGUUGGAGGAACCCGCGUUAAAGAUGCUGAAGACCAUCUCUGAUAUGGUUAAAAAGAAGUUCAUCCAGUUGGCCCAGUGCAGCUUUACCGGUUUUCCUAUUCUUCUGAAAAUAGCAAAGACUAAGAUCGAAGCCAUCAAGCAGGAUAAGGAGUGCUUGGCAGAAUCCAUGCUGAGGACUCAAUUCAAGAUGGAGCUCAUAGUUUACACUCAAGAUGGCACAUACAGUCAGAGCCUACUUCACUCAAAAGAAAAGCGGGAAGAGAACGAGGAAAUCACAGAAAACUUUGACUGCAUGACUGUAGGGAUUGCCACAGACAAUCAUGCUACUUUGAGUGAGAUGAAGCUGCAUCUCGAGUCCUACUACAUGAUUGCAAGCAAGCGUCUAGCUGACCAGAUCCCAAUGGUUAUCCGCUAUCUGCUACUGCAAGAAGCCGCUUUGGAGCUGCAAAGGAGCAUGCUGCAGCUGCUGCAAGAUAAAGACGGUGUGGACGACAUGCUUAAAGAGGAUUUUGACAUUGGUCAAAAGCGGGAAAACUUAUUGAGCCGCCAGAAACGUUUAAUGAAAGCACAAAACCUCUUGGCUACCUAUUAG